ACGUCAGGGUGGAUGAACGCGUCACGACCGCUCUCGGUCUUCAAAAAAACAUCGCGUGCCUCAAAAUUAUUAGCUUUAGUACCACCAAUUAACGCUCUAUCGGACGUAGAAGGCCAGAGCAGUUCAGAUGAAGAACCAGAUCUGCACAAUGGUCAGGAAAUUGAUGAUAUCUCAUCAGAUGCACCAUCCAUACCAUCGUCAUUGGAAAACCUGAAUAUUUUCGACAGCAACAAUGGCAGUGACGAUUCUUCUAACGACGAAAUACCCAAUAGCGAGCCAGAAGUCGAAGAAGAACUACCAGUGCCUCUCACACCAAUUAUUCUUAAAGCUCGACAAAAUGAGUUCUGUGAAGCGAAAGUGUUUUACAAUUGA